GGGAGCGGAGGGCGGCGGCGCCGGCGCGCGGAGGCUGUUGCGCUCAGAGCACCUGCGCCCGCGCUCCGUAGCGCCGCUCGCCGCGUGCUCAGUACCCGCGCCCGCGCACGGACGCGCCGCCCGAGCGUCGCGACGCCGCCCACGUAACAGAGUUGGCGUAUUCGCGAGUAGUGCGGGGCGCUCUGCAGCGGCCGAGCCCGGCGACAUGUCCGCGUCGCCGCAGCCGCUGGCCGCGUGCGACGAGCGCGUGCGCACGCCGCGCGCCGCCGCGUCCCCGCGCUCGGCGCCCGGCUCACCCGCGCCCGCGCACGCCGUGCUCGCCACCAUGACGCCCGUGCAGCCCGCGCACGACUACUACAGCCACGCGCACAAGGUGGAGAUGGACUCGGACGACGGCUACCCGCCCGAGGCGCACUCCUACCGCCACUCGCCGCACGAGCUGGCCGCCUACGCGCCCGACAGCAAGGUGCCCGUGCAGCCCGACGUCUACGACCAGGGCAUGGAGUCCAUCGACGAGAAGACUCCGAUAGAUCUUAUAUACGAGGACGACAAGGAGACGGUGAUUUAUACCACGACGCCGGACCAGAAGAGGGUUGAAAUGAUCAGCGGCCAGUUGGAAGACGGCCAGUUGAUGAGUGGAGCCGGACAGCUCGUGGACGGUGGAGUAUCCGUGGUGGUGGGUGCGCCCGGCCAGGGGACGGUGCUAGUGUUGGCGGACGAACUCGGACAAGUUAUCACGAUACCCAGGAGACGCAAGGAGCUUAUGGAGGUCAGCAGCGAGUCGUGGCGCGCGUACUACGCGGGGGGGUCAGAACACACCUCGGCAGUGCUCGGCGUGGCCGACGACCCCCAGCCGCAGCCCCUGGUCACUGAGUACUACAAACUGCCGCCACUGGCUCAGGACACACACCUUAAUCUGCACAAGGAAGUUUGGCAGGCCGGCGGCGCGCCGAAGCCGGCCAAUGGCGCGCACGGGGCGGAGCUGGGCGAGCUGACGGGCCUGCUGCACGCGGGCCUCGUGAAGCGCGAGCCCGAGGACCUCAGCCGCAAGGUGGUCGACGAGCCCGAGCCGCACGCGCUCAAGCCGCCGCGACACAAGGUGGCGGUCGGCGAGUCGGGCGAAGCGGCAUCGCCGUCCCCGGUCCCGUCCCGGGCCUCCUCCGCCGGCUCGCUCCUCCCGGACGCGGCCAUGUACGCGGCGCAAAUGUUCGCGCCGCCCGGCACCCCCAGUCCCACGCCUUACGGCGAUCAGUACUCGCGCCAGACGACGGCCUUCGCUGGCGAGCCCUACUACAGAGAGUACUUCGUGGGCGAAGGCUACCAGCAGAGAGCCGCGCCGCCCUACAGCGACACCGAGUCGGCGUCGGCGUCGGCUUUCGGCGAUCGGUACUCGGCGCCUCGCUACCACAGCAAGAGUGUAAUUGCGGCCGCGGGCCUGACCGUGGACCUGCCGUCGCCGGACAGCGGCAUCGGCGCGGACGCGGUCACGCCGCGGGACCACACCGCCGUGCAGCAGUCGUUCGAGUACACGGUAAUCUGCCAGCAGCCCGUGGGCGAGGAUGGGCGCGGCACCCCCUCGGCGCACCAUUCCCCCGCGCAGCCCCGGACGCGGCCCUGGCAUGACUUCGGCCGGCAGAACGACGCUGACAAGAUACAGAUCGCUAAAUUAUUUUCACCAUACGGUUUCAAGUACCAUCUGGAGACGGCGAGCAGCAGUUCCCAGAGGCGGGAAGAUGACCGCAUCACGUAUAUCAACAAAGGCCAGUUUUAUGGCAUCACGUUGGAGUACAUCCACGAUCCUGACAAACCUCUCAAGAACCAAACUGUUAAGAGCGUCGUUAUGCUUAUGUUUCGAGAAGAAAAAUCACCAGAGGACGAAAUUAAGGCAUGGCAGUUCUGGCACGGGAGACAGCAUUCAGUCAAACAAAGGAUACUCGACGCCGACACGAAGAACAGCAUCGGGCUCGCCGGCUGCAUCGAGGAGGUCUCACACAACGCCAUCGCUGUCUACUGGAACCCACUGGAGAGUGCUGCUAAGAUCAACAUCGCUGUUCAGUGUUUGAGUACGGACUUCAGCAGUCAAAAGGGUGUUAAGGGCUUACCACUUCAUAUUCAAAUUGAUACAUUCGAGGAUCCAAGAGAUACGCAAGUUUAUCACAGAGGAUACUGUCAAAUUAAAGUGUUUUGUGACAAGGGCGCGGAAAGAAAAACGAGAGAUGAAGAAAGAAGAGCAGCGAAAAGAAAAAUGUCCGCCACGAAUAGGAAAAAGCUAGACGAAAUCUAUCAUCCGGUGACAGAACGAAGUGAAUUCUACACGAUGGCCGACUUAACAAAGCCGCCUGUUUUGUUCAGUCCGGCGGAAGACAUAGACAAAUUGGCGGGCAUGGAUAUACAAGGCUUUUAUGGACACGACGAAGCCGCCCUCGCGGAGGCUCACCUAAAGGGGGCUUCUCCCUUCCUUCUGCACGCGGCGAAACCACAAGCGCCAGCGCUGAAGUUCCACAACCACUUUCCACCAGAUGCGCCAGCGUAUCGAUCCGACGUGGGUGGCUUAUCCCCCUACAGCGACAGGAAAGACUCGCUAGAGCUGGAGGUGGUGUUGGGGAAGCGCGCGCGCACGUCGACGCCGCCGCUGAGCGAACGCGUCAUGCUUUACGUGCGCCAGGAUACUGACGACGUGUACACACCACUGCACGUAGUGCCGCCCACCACGCAGGGCCUGCUGCACGCUAUUGAGAAUAAGUACAAAAUUUCAAGUUCGGCAAUUAAUAAUCUUUAUCGAAAGAACAAGAAAGGGAUUACGGCCAAAAUUGACGAUGAGAUGCUGGCAUACUACUGCAACGAGGACUUGUUCCUGCUCGAGGUGCGGCCCGCCGGCGCCAGUGAAGACGAGCCUCUCUACGACAUCACCUUCGUCGAGCUGCCUCUUGAACACUAACUCUAGUGAAUCCGUAACUCUUCGUAUCAUUCUCUUUUCUCAACUUGCGCGGGCGUCACAUCUAAUAAAUAUAUUCUACAUAAGAUCUAUCAUAAUCAACCUAAUGACAGAUUGUCUUAGAUGAUUUAUAUGUCUAGAUAAACGGAUUUGUGACACGAAUAUUAGAAAGUGCUUUUUUUCAUUCAAUCGUUUAGAAAUGAAUUAUUUAGAUACAAACAGAAUUUAUGAGUAUUUAUUUGUCAACGUUUAGUCUAGACAUGUAUGUGAUUCGUAUCAGUAAUAUUAGGUCAUUUAGCUCGUGCAGGAUAUUGUUCACCACGCAUCACUGUCCGUGUCAAAUUACACAGCUCUUUAGAACAAGUUUCAUGUGACACGUGGUGCACGUCUAAAUUCCGUAACAUUCCAUUUUAAGUACGCUCAUUAUUUAUAAAUAAGGUUGUCUCUAAAGUGUCGAUCUCAGAUUGAAAUUUACUAUUAAGGAAACAUCACCGUUACGUUAAAUAUUGAUAAAACGCAUGUCACAAAUAAUUUCCGCCGUCUCACAAACGGUGAUCGAGACCGUGUUGUAUAUAAUUAAUGUCUAUCUAAUAGUGCCUUAUAAAGUUACAUGUUACAAGAUGGUAAUGGCUAAGAAAAGUGAUUGUCCUGUUUAGUAGCGUGAACAUUGGUUUCUUGGACGACGGUUGUAAUGCAAUGAAAAUUAACUUUCAAAGAAAUGCAAUGGUCUGCUGCUACAUUUUUGUAAUUGUGUGUGCCAUUCACUCGGAUAACAUAAUAUGUACUAGAUAUAUGUAGUUAUUGUUUUAACAGGUACCUUUUAAUCUUGCCAUGAUGAUAAAAUAAGAAAUUCUUGUCACAAAUGUAUUAUUGUAGAUAGAUAAACGUCUACAAUAAGGAGAAAAGUAAAGUGCCUUCGUCAAAUUAAUAAUUAUUUUUUAUCUUUUAAUGUAAGUGAGUUAAGUCAAAUUAAAUGCCAUCCACUUUGUUAAGUUUUAUGUAAGUAAGUUCGCUUUAUAAGCUCGCUCAAUUCAUUCAUCUAGUAAAGUUGAUAUUAGUUUUAGGCUGUCACAAUCACAAUGCUGGUUCCGUUCUAUAGAAAUCUCAACAUAAUUAACACUGUAAUUUAAAGUUUCCACGCAACUUAUAAAAAGGCCUUCGGGUUUUAUAAAUUUUUAAUAAUACUAUUUUAACUAUAAUUUUAAAACAAAUUACUCGUUAUCUUGAUCAAUUAUACGAAAUAGCAUUCGAAACCCAUAACGGAAUUGAUCAAUAGAAAUAAUAAAUAGAAGCAAUAAACGGAAAUUAAAAUUUCAAAUGAGACACAAUCGCUAGUUUGCAUAAUGUAGGUAAGAUACCAACACAGUCGUCAUCCACACUCCACACAUAUUCACGAACAAGUAAUCAAGCAUUGGAACAUUUACAUUUUCAUCCGCGGGAGUGGUUUGUGUACCUACAGUUUUAUUGAUUUAAUAGAUUUCUAUAUAUUAUAUUUUAUGCUUACGAUACAUAAGUUAUCGGGCCAUGACAACAUAGAAUGUGAAUAGAUUUACUGUUCGAGAUUUAUUUGUAAGAUAUGAUAUAGACAGAAUCAAUUUUCGAACCGCGCCGAUUAUUUUAAUGUUGAAUUCUUACAAAAUCGCUCGGUUCAUGUUAUAUGAAUUGGUAUUACUGACGACAUGAAAAAUAUGUAAGGUUAUCUCCACCGAUUUAAUUCAAAAUUCAGAACCAGGUUCUGUUCCUUAAAAGGAUUGGUCGUAGACAAAGUCGCCCAUGAUAUUUGUAAGUAACGUGCCUAGUGCGGACGGUUCGAUUAACUGCCAUAUUAUGACAUAAUUUAGAAUACUUGAUGAUUUUAGAGUUAGCAAUUUAAGUUUAGGUCAUUUUAUCGUCACACAACAGGUAGGAAUCGAAUUUUUAUUAGGGUAACGCUAUAUUUUACGUAUUUUAUGUAUGUAAUGUGUUGUUUUGUUUUGUCUCAAGCUGCGCCGCGUCGCGAUAUCUUCCAUAUUAUGUUGAUGUUUUACUCACUCGUUGAUGUCUUAUCACUUUAUAUUUUAAGAAAUUUGGAAUCUCUAUUAAUGUUAUUUUUAUGCAUUUCAUUGCUCAAAGUCUGCAUUUACUUCUGGGGUUAGCGGACUCUAAGUACCUACUUACUUACAUUUUUAUAUUAUACUUAUACGUGUAACGACAUAAUGAUAUUUAUUUAUGUACUUAUGGUUAUAAAUUGUUCAGCUUUAAUGUUUACUUUCAUUGAUGUUAGAUCGUGAUUCUGAAUCUCGUCAUAAGUCACAAACGUCAGUAGCAAUAAAAUACGUAAUUCAGUUUAGUAGUUAAUGGGCGCGUCCGCGAGGCGUUGCGUCACUGCCAGCGCGCCGGGCCGCCAGUAAGCCUAACAUGCGAGCCAUGACGUAAUAUCUAGUGAAGAAGCAAUGCCAUAUUGUUGAUCAAUAGCGCUGAACCAGAAAUAUCGCUCUCUCUUUCGUUGCGAUAUGACUUCUUGUCUUCACGAGAUAUGUCGUGGAUCGCAUGUUAGGCGUACAGGAGUGUGCAAUGUAAGUGUAGGACGAGGGUAGUUCGCGAAAGUGUCGGGCGAAGAGGGCGCCACGCACGCUGGCGGCGACAGCUCCAAGCGCCUCGCGGAGUUAGUCACACUAGUUAUUAUACACAUCCCGAGAGUGGUCAUUCCAUUUUCGUUAUUAAAUUUUAAUGAAUCUUAAUUUUUAAAUCGAUGAAUAGAUGUUACGUUAUUCUUUUAUAUGAAUAUUUGUAAGUUGACAUAAAAAUAUUAUUAAUAUAAUUAUUUUUAUCAAAGUUUAUAAUCUAAAUAAAAAUGUUUUUCUUCAAAACAUA